AUGCAAGGUGUGUGCUCUUGCUAUUAUCCUCCUGGUGUCGCUGUCUCAUUGGUGCCACGCUAUUUUUUAGCACCAAUCAAACAAUCCGUCAGAGUCUCUUUCAGAAAAUCAAAUCAUCUUCGUAGUUUCAGGUUUGCGUAUAUGACAUCGACCGCAGAGUCACAAUCCGCUGGAACAACCUUGGACGGUCUCAGCAGCCAGGAUCAGACCACCAAUGUGAUCCAAUGCAAUCGCGACUCCAUUGUCUUUACAGACAAAAACGAAGGAAAGCCGCUCUUCAACUGUCAUCAAACGGCUACCGGUAUUCAAGCGGCUGCGAAAGUGAUCCAAUCUGAAGAUCUUGUUGCUUUUCCGACCGAGACGGUUUAUGGAUUAGGUGCUUCAGCACUCUCCUCGACGGCUGUCUCGAAGAUCUUCAAAGCCAAGGGGAGGCCAUCAGACAACCCACUCAUCGUUCACGUCUCAUCACUCAAUCUCCUCAAGACAUUUGUGCCCCCGGAUUGGAAUUUUCCAGCGACCUACCAAGCCUUGAUCGAACGCUUUUGGCCCGGUCCUCUCACUCUUCUAGUGCCCACCACAUCACCCGUCCAGCCCAAUUGUCCGAUUUCUAACCUAGUGACCUGCGGCUUGCCAACGGUGGCUGUCCGGAUGCCGGCCCACUCGAUCUCGAGAGCGCUGAUUGCUGAAAGCGGGGUUCCUAUUGCUGCACCAUCGGCCAACCUCAGUGGCAGGCCCAGUCCGACGACCGCCCAACACGUCGAAAGAGACAUGAAGACGAAGAUUCCGAUGAUAAUUGAUGGAGGCGCAUGUCAGGUUGGCGUCGAGAGCACGGUGGUCGAUGGCCUGAAUCCGGAUGGCCGAGUGAGGAUCCUCCGAUUGGGCGGAUUGAGCGUCGAAGACAUCGAGGCUUGCUUGAUUGAAGCCGGCCUCAACCUAUCCGAUGGCAAGCCCAUUCUCGCCGGAGUUUACAAUCAGGAUUAUCGCGACAAAGAGUUGGAGGCGAAGCCGACCACCCCCGGUAUGAAAUACAAACAUUACGCACCUCAUGCCAAGGUGGUUAUUCUAGAUCCAGUCUUGGUACCAAACUCAGAUUCCGAUCAACAGGAAUCACUCCGAGGCGUCGACGAGCUGGUAUCGGGUAUCUGCAGUGAAGAGACAGACAGCUCGAAAGGUUUGCGGAUAGGACUGAUGUUGAUCGACGACAGUCCCCUCCACAAAUCGUUCAUCGCGUGUGCCCAGUCAGAAAAAUAUGGUCAUCACCAAUUUUGUUAUUCAAACCUUGGACUAGAAAGCCAACCAGCGAUCAGUGCCCAACGCCUCUUUGCAGCCUUGAGAUAUCUCGAUGAAGAGCUCCGAGUGGACAUCAUCUAUGUCGAGCGUCUUUCUGAGGUCGGAUUGGGCGCAACGGUCAUGGAAAGGCUCAGGAAAGCCAGUGGUCAAAGUUCCCCCCUGCCCGUCAGGAUAUCCACAUCAUAG